AUGGCGGUUGACCUCCUCCUCCCCCUCGCGCCUUUAAAUUGCGCGGGAAGAAGCGCCAGUGGUGAGACAGCCGCUGCUUCUUGUCCCUUCUUUCCUGACGCGGCAAUGGCAUCGGAGAAGCUCGUCGCCAGGAAAGGCAGGCUCAGGCAGCGCUACGACAACGAGUACCGCCUCGUCGCCGGGUGCGUCCCGUACCGCGUGGACAAAGACGGGCAGCUCGAGGUUCUCAUGGUCUCCACAGCCAACAGGGACGAUCUCGUCUUCCCCAAGGGCGGCUGGGAGGACGACGAGGACGUCUAUGAGGCGGCAUGCCGCGAGGCGCUGGAGGAGGCCGGAGUCAGGGGCAACAUCAAUAGAAACCCGCUGGGCUUGUGGGUGUUCAGGAGCAAGAGCAGGCAAAGCCUGGGCCAGAGCAGCGACAGCCCGCGGGGCGCCUGCAAGGGCCACGUCUUCGCGCUGGAGGUCACCGAGGAGCUCAAGCAAUGGCCGGAGCAGGAAACCCACGGAAGGCGGUGGCUCUCCCCAGCGGACGCGUACGGGCUCUGCCGGUACGACUGGAUGCGCGAGGCGCUGACGGCAUUGCUGGACCUUUGUUCGACGGCAUCGUCGCCGAUCCCUGUAGCGGCGGCGGUGGCCGUGAGCACUGCGGCGCCGGAGCUGAACGAGCACGCUGGCAUGUGCAUAAGCAUGAUGCUGAUGAAACCGGUGGACUCCGCGGAUCGAGCGGUGGCGCUGUGCUGA